GGCUGAGUCUCAAUACCGCAGCGAUAAGCAUCGUUAAGAUGUAAAUGGAGAGGAGAGAUAAAAGUCUGACAAGACGGUUGUUGUGGGCGCCAACGGCGGUGGAAAACGCGCUUUCUUGUCAUCUACGAAUUCGAAUACGAAUGGCCGGAGAGCUUCGCGGGGCCCUUGGCCAGAGAGGGAGCGUGUUGCUCGGCCUGGCUCGGUCAGGCCUCCGCGGGCCACAAUGGCGGACUUUUAUCCUAAUUUCUGCUGCUGUUGGGGGACUCGUUGGACUGUCCUCCUCCUCCGCCGAGGCCAAAGAGUGCGACAAGCCGUGUGUGAACGGCCGGUGCGACCCGGUUAGCGGCAGCUGCGUGUGUGAACCGGGCUGGGUAGAGGAGCAGUGCCAACACUGCGGCGGCCGCUUCAGGCUAACUGGACCUUCUGGAUACCUGACAGAUGGACCAGGGAACUACAAACACAAAACCAAGUGCACAUGGCUCAUAGAGGGACAGUCAAACUCUAUUCUGAGGCUGCGCUUUGAGCACUUUGCCACCGAGUGCAGUUGGGAUCAUCUUUAUAUAUACGAUGGAGACUCCAUAUACUCUCCUCUACUGGCUGCAUUCAGUGGUCUGAUCGUUCCCGAGCAGUACAGCAACGAAACGGUUCCAGAGGUGGUGGCUGAAUCUGGCUAUGCGCUCCUCCACUUCUUCAGCGACGCAGCUUACAACCUCACUGGCUUCAACAUCUCCUACAGGAUAAAUAUGUGUCCCAAUAACUGCUCAGGCCGUGGUGUGUGUCGUCUGGCUAACUCCAGUGACGUGGUGCAGUGCGAGUGUGACGAAGGCUGGAAAGGAGAUGCAUGUGAUGUCCCGUACUGUGCCUCAAACUGUGGCUACCCCGUACGGGGUCGGUGCCAAAUGAGUGACAAAUGCUGCCUCUGCAAUCCUGGCUGGCAAGGCCCGGAAUGUUCAGUGUCAGUACCUGCUAAUGUUUCCUUUUGGACACACGAGGAGUUCAGUGGACACAGCCUGGCGCGGGCAUCCCAUAAGGCUGCGGUGCAUGAAGAUGUCAUGUGGGUGAUCGGUGGUCACGUGUUCAACUACACAAAAUACCAGAUGGUGAUAGCAUUCAAUCUCUCCUCUCAGAGCUGGAUGUCUCUGAAUCGUUCCACCAACUUUGUUACUGCACGCUAUGGUCAUUCUCUGGCUGUGCACGAGGAUAAGAUUUAUAUGUAUGGUGGGAAGAUUGAUUCCACGGGGAACGUAACAUCUGAGCUGUGGGUGUUUCACACAAAGAAUCAGUCGUGGGAGCUGCUGAACCCGCGAGCUAAAGAGCAGUAUGCAGUGGUGGGUCACUCUGCUCACAUUGUUCACCUCCAGCCUGAUGGAUUAGAGCCAGUUAUGCUCGUCAUCUUCGGUCACUGCCCUCUCUAUGGAUACAUCAGCCAAGUGCAGCAGUACAACAUUGAGAAGAACCGGUGGAGUGUUUUGGAGACGAGUGGAGCGCUGGUUCAUGGGGGCUAUGGCCAUAGCAGUGUAUAUGAUCCUCAGACACGUUCUGUCUAUAUCCAUGGUGGCUACAAGGCCUUCAACGCCACAAAGUAUGGCCUGGCUGGUGACCUGUACCGCUACGAUGUCGACAGUAGCAUGUGGUCAGUUCUAAGGGACAGUGGGUCUUACCGCUACCUCCACACAGCAGUGCUGGUAGACGGGAACUUGCUAGUGUUUGGCGGAAACACCCACAACGACACAUCCAUGAGUUACGGCGCCAAGUGCUUCUCUUCUGACUUCAUGGCCUACAAUCUGGCAUGUGAUGAGUGGACUGUUCUGCCCAGACCUGAACUCUACCAUGAUGUCAACCGCUUUGGACAUUCCGCUGUCUACAUCAAUGGGAUGAUGUAUGUGUAUGGAGGAUUUAACAGCCUGAUGCUGAGUGAUAUGUUGAGGUUCACUCCUGCCAGCUGUUCUGCUUACAAUGAGUUUGAGUGUUUGACAGCUGUGCCAGGUGUGCGGUGUUUGUGGAAUUCUACCACCAAUACAUGCCUUCCCUGGGAGACAGGCAAAACUCAAGACCCAGAGAUGUGCCUUCCCCGACUGUAUGCAAGCAGUGAUAAGUGUGACCAGUACACCGACUGCUACAGUUGCAUAGUUAACACCAAUGGUUGUCAGUGGUGCUCUGAACGCUGUGUGCCCAUCCAGAACAACUGCACUGCUUCCUUGGGUGCAAUAACAGAGUAUGAAGCGUGUCCUAAGGGUGUCCACUCCUAUAUGUGUAAUAAAAAGACCAGCUGUAAGAGCUGUGCUACGGACCAGAACUGCCAGUGGGAAGCCAGGAACCAGGAAUGCAUUUCUCUGCCUGAGAAUAUCUGUGGGGAAGGCUGGCACCUGGUGGGGAACUCAUGUAUGAAGCUUAUCACGGCUAAGGACUCGUAUGACAAUGCAAAGCUGGCCUGCCGCAGUCACAGCGCUGUGCUGGCCUCACUAACGACCCAAAAAAAAGUGCAAUUUGUCCUCAAAGAGCUGCAGAGUAGAAGUGCACAUGUGAGUGGGGCUCUAAAUCAAUCCAAAUUGGUGACUCCAUGGGUUGGCCUGAGGAAGGUGAAUGUGUCGUACUGGUGCUGGGAGGACAUGUCCCCAUUCACAAACACCACGCUGCAGUGGUUGCCUGGAGAACCCAGUGAUGCGGGCUUUUGUGGCUACCUGGCUGAGCCCAAUUCCAGCGGCCUUAAGGCAGCACCCUGCAUCAACUCCUUCAAUGGCAGCCUAUGUGAAAGAUCAGCCAACCACAGCGUGAAGCAGUGUCGAAUUCCCUGUGCUCUGCGCUCCUCCUGUAGCGAGUGUACAAGUGGAGGUGCGGAGUGCAUGUGGUGCAGUAAUAUGAGGCAGUGUGUCGACUCCAACGCUUAUGUGGCCUCCUUCCCCUUUGGUCAAUGCAUGGAAUGGUACACUAUGAACAGCUGCCCACCGGAAAAUUGCUCUGGCUAUAGGACGUGUUCGCAGUGUCUGGAGCAACCUGGUUGUGGUUGGUGCACUGAUCCCAGUAAUACAGGGCGGGGACAGUGCAUGGAGGGCUCAUACCGUGGACCAAUCCAAACCCUCCUACAUGCCCCCUCAUCCUCAAGACCCUCCCUCGUACCAGCCCCUCAAGCGCUGUUGAAUGUGAGCUGGUGUCCGCACGAGAAUAAGUACAACUGGUCCUUUAUCCAGUGUCCAGCAUGCCAGUGUAAUGGCCACAGUGCAUGCGUCAAUGAGAGUGUGUGUGAGAAAUGUGAAGAUCUCACCACUGGCAAGCACUGUGAGAGCUGCAUAUCCGGUUACUAUGGUGACCCCACCAAUGGGGGUAGCUGUCAGCCCUGUAAGUGUAAUGGCCAUGCCAGCAUGUGUAAUUCAAACAAUGGCAAGUGUUUCUGCACCACCAAGGGCAUCAAAGGAGACCGCUGCCAUCAGUGUGAAGUGGAGAAUCGUUACCAGGGCAACCCUCUAAAAGGAACCUGUUACUACACUUUGCUGAUAGACUACCAGUUCACCUUCAGCCUGACUCAGGAGGAUGACCGCUACUACACUGCCAUUAAUUUUGUAGCCACACCAGAUGAGCAAAAUCGAGACCUGGACAUGAUCAUUAAUGCCUCCAAAAACUUUAACCUCAACAUCACCUGGGCAACCAGCUUUGCAGCUGGUACUCAGUCUGGAGAAGAGAUUCAUAUUGUCUCCUGCAGCAAUAUUAAAGAGUUCAAGGACAGCUUCUCAAAUGAAAAAUUUGAUUUUCGGAGCAAUGUUAAUAUCACCUUCUUUGUUUACGUCAGCAACUUCACCUGGCCAAUCAAAAUACAGAUUGCUUUUUCCCAGCACAGUAACUUCAUGGAUCUGGUACAGUUCUUUGUCACAUUUUUCAGCUGUUUCCUGUCUCUUCUGCUGGUGGCAGCAGUUGUGUGGAAGAUCAAGCAGAGUUGCUGGGCAUCCCGACGACGAGAGGUUGAAUUUCCCAACCCCCUCCUUCUGGACUCCCCCUAAAUCAUACUACAGCACUUUUGUCUGUCCAGGGGAUGUGGACUACACUGAGAACACUAAGGCUGUGUAAAUUUGUUACUGUUGGAAAUAUGUUAUUUCACUACUUCUGUUGCCAUAUUGAGCAUGUGACUAGGAUAAAGCAGUUACUGAACAUGAAUGAAUGAAUGCACACAAGAGUGUUCUCUACAGUUAAGUAGCUGACUACUAGCUUUAUUAUAUAAACCUAGACAUACCUUCAUUUGUGUCCUCAAUUGUUGAAACAUAGUUGGAGGUUGUUGCUCUUCGAACACUUCAUAUGCACAGUCGUACACCUUUCAGUAAUGUUUAAAAAUAAUAAUAAUAAUAAUAAUAAUAAUUUUACAAUUAAUUAAUGUUUGCAUUUUAUAAAGUUUGUAUUUUAAAAAUCCUGGCUUUGAGCUUGCUAGCUAACCACAGUGGCUGAUGAACUACUAAGUAAAAUUCAAGCUCUGUAUGUAUGCACCAAUAGGAAAUAAUGUAACAUAAUAUACACAAAAUGACAUACCUUGCAAGGCAUGUGCUGGAUUUGUGUGAAACAGAAAUUAAAACUGCCAUAAUGCCUUAAUGUUUUUUACUGUUAAUGAAAGAAGCAGAAUGGUCUCUUUCAAGAUGACAAUGCCUCUAUCCACAGGCUUUGUGGCCUCGAUGGAUGUUGCUGUGGCUGUUGGUCGUCUUCCUUGGGUAGACUGUAAUUGCUAAGAACAGUUUACACUCAAGUGUCAAUCACUGAACAGUUGAUAACUUCAGUUUGAUAUGAUAGACUUAAAAGUAAAACUAACGAUGCUCACACUCAAGUUCCUUUUCACACACUUAACACACUUAUCACUACAUGACUGUGUACUAUACAGUUAUAGAAGUGAAAUGAUUUAUAAUCACACUCUCUGAUGUCACCCAGAAGAGGAUGGGUUCCCUUUUGAGUCAAGUUCCUCUCAAGGUUUCUUCCCCAUGUCGCCUCCUGGAGUUUUUCCCUCGUCACCGUCACCUCUGGCUUGCUCAUUCUGGAUAAAUUAAAAUUUUAUAUUUAGAUUUCUGCAAAACUGCUUUGUGACAAUGUCCAUGGUUAAAAGCACUAUUGUAUAACCUGGUGUGUGUGAGGGUGCAGAGGAAGACUCAGGAGGCAGGCUGUGCUCAGGGCUCGCGUUUAUUCAAUCUGCGCUUUUGCUCGACCACGCCCCCACUGACAAAAUUAUGUAAAUAAAAUGGCUUGUAUAUUAACCCCUGUGGGAAUAUCCGUCAAUAUAUAGGUGCAUCUCAAAAAAUUUGAAUAUCGUGGAGAAGUUAGUUUUUUUCCAUAAUUUAAUUCAAAAAGUGGAACUUUCAUAUAGUUUAGAUUCAUUACACAAAGUGAAAUAUUUCAGGCCUUUUUUUGUUUUAAUCUUGAUGAUUAACGCUUACAGCUCAUGGAAAUCAAAAAUCCAGUACCUCAAAAUAUUAUAAUAAAGAAUUUAUAAUAUUGUCACAGUGUCACAUUCCUAGUGUCAAGCCACUCCUGAACUGAGAUGACAUCAGAAGCAUCUUGCCUGGGCUAAGGAGAAAAAGAACUGUCCCUUUACUCAGUGGUCCAAAGUCCUCUUUUCAGAUUAAAGUAAAUUUUGCAUUUCAUUUGGAAAUUAAGGUCCCAGAGUCUGGAGGAAGAGUCGAGAGGACCAGAAUCCUAGUUGCUUGAAGUCCAGUGUGAAGUUUCCACAGUCAGUGAUGAUUUGGGGUGUCAUGUCAUCUGCUGGUGUUGAUCCACUGUGUUUUCUUAAGUCGAGAGUCAAUGCAGCAUCUACCAGGAGAUUUUAGAGCACUUCAUGCUUCCACCUGCUGACGAGCUUUAUGGAGAUGCUGAUUUCCUUUUCCUGCAGGACUUGGCACCGGCCCACAGUGCCAAAACUACUAGUAACUGGUUUGCUGACGAUGUUAUUACUGCGCUUGAUUGGCCAGCCAACUCGCCUGACCUGAACCCCAUAGAGAAUCUAUGAUCGACACCAGACCCAACAAUACAGACGAGCUGAAGGCCGCUAUCAAAGCAACCUGGGCUUCCAUAACACCUCAGCAGUGCCACAGGCUGAUUGCCUCCAUGCCACGCCACAUUGAUGCAGUAAUUUGUGCAAAAGGAUUAAAGCCCUGACCGAGUAUUGAGUGCAUAAAUUAACAUACUUUUCAGAGGGUCGAUAUUUCUGUAUUAUAAAUUCUUUAUUCUAAUGUUUUGAGAUACUGGAUUUUUGAUUUCCAUGAGCUGUAAGCUGUAAUCAUCAGAUUUAAAACAAAAAAAGACUUGAAAUAUUUCUAGAGUAUAUGAAAGUUCCAUAUUUUGAAUUAAAUUACCGAAAACAAUUAACUUUUCUGUAUGUACUAAUGUGAAAUGCUUCCUCUUACUUAGUUUUCUUCCAGCCACUCACUUUUCCCCUUAACCAUUUAGGUUAAUAUUGCAUUUUCAACAGGCUGCAGUGAACUACACCUAAAGAGCUUAAAGAACUGUUUUUGUCUGUUGUUAGAAAAACGUGUGUGUGCAGAAAUGUUUACUGUCUGCCUUUUGAAACAGUGCUGUCCUCUCCUGUGUAAUGUCUAAAGGUUGCACAUAGCAUUUAGGAAUGUUUAGUCAGGCGUUCCUGAUUGAAUGAGAAGCAUCCAGAUACAUUAAUCCACCAGAUCUCAGACAUCACAAAAAUGUUCUGAAGCUUAUGCUUUUUUUGUGUUCUGUUGAUUUGUCAUUGCGCAAUGCCAUUCUCAGUUCCUUCACAUUUAAAGAGCUGGGACAAUGAGGAAAAGCAGAAUGAUUCAAGGUGACUCCAUCUCUUUGAUGCACAUUUUUAUUGGAUCAACUUACUAACACUCCAGCUAGCCAGGACUUUUUCAGCUGUGGGGUUAUUAAGUGUGUGAACAUGUGAUGAAAUGAUGCAUACCAAACUCUUGAGCAUAUGCAGCAACUCUCUGGAUGCAUUUCUAUUCAAGGUCACCCCCCCCCCUCUUUUCACAGAUACAUACACACAUUCAGAGGCAUGGGCCAUUAGUGUUUUCAGAAAGCCCUGAUGUGGAUGUUAAUUGUUUUCCUGUUAACCUAAUGCAAGUGUGUCGCUCUCACUUGCACACACUCUCUGCUAUAAGGCAAUAAUAUUAAAUCCUUUAAUCAGUAGUCUUUAGGGUAGAGUAGGAUUAAUUAGAGAUCUAAAUUAAGCAUCAUUUGAGGAAUAUAUUUACACUCUCCUAGGCUAAUCUCUACCAGUGUCGAGUUAUCUUUUAAUCUUAAAAGUCACAUUAGAGGUCACAUGGGUGAGCUCAUGAUUGAUCAGAAAUGGAAGAGAUCUCCCAUGUUGUGUAAACUUCACGCAUCUCCCUUUACUGAUUUUCUGUUUUAGAAUAUCCUACACAUAUAUAAAUAUUAUAUAAAUUUCCGAUAGGAAAGGUUCACCCAGACCCCAGCUGUACAGCUGGACACAGUUAACCAACUCUCUCUUCAGCAUAAUGAAUAAAAAUGUUUAUAUAUUAACAAAAAUAUCAGAAUAAAAUCCUUUCAUCAAAAUAAGCUGCAGCAAAGUCAGACUGUAUCUAAGUCUGUAACUAAAGUUCUGGCGUGUCUUAAAGCGUAAAAAGAUUGUCGUUAGUUAGUGAUUAGUAUGUUGGGCCAAUCACAGGCUACACUGUUUUUUUUUUUUAGAAGCUUUAAAACUUCGUCAAACUUGUAGCUUGGUCAAACACACUGAAUGCUAGAGAGGUCACUUUUUUUGCUUUCACUUGCCUUCAUUUUUUUGUUAAUUGCUUAGCAUUUUUACUGAAAUGUUCCUUUGCCACAGAAAUAUGCAGUCUGCCACAUGACUCAUUUCAGUCCUAGGCCAAGACGUGAUAUUUGACUUCCAAGAUAGUUAACUGUUUAGCAAAUUGCAAUGAAGUCGUAUUUUCCUGAAAGUGUGUAGGGAAGGGGAACAGAAAAUACAAGUUUACAACAGGUGGAAAUCCAUGACCCGUACCAAGCAGCUUCAGUUUAAUGCUCAUGUAAUCCCUACACUUCAGUCUAUGAGGUUUAACUUCUUACAUCAGUGACCUCAGUAGGAUUUUUUUUCACCCUGUAAACUGUAAGUAAGGGCUUUCAAAAGUAGGGAAAUCUGAUCUCUGUGUAGUUCAGUUGAAGUUGGAAGGUGCAAUUGCCUGAAUAAGUGCAAGUUCCCUUCUCAUAUUCAAACAUUGCACAUACAAAAAUGUGCUUCCUAAUGUUGAGAUGCCGGAUCAAUACUUCAGUUUCCCAUCUUACUGCUCAAUAGUACAUCAAAGGGCAAAUUACUGUGUGCUUUUAAAAUCCUACUGUGUGUGCUGUGAGCACAAAGAGGCAGUGAAAAAGUAAGGAGCUCUGAAUACAGAAUGCUUUAGUGUGAUGCGAUUUAAUUCUCUUUCUGUGUCUUUGUCUGUUUUUCCUCUUGGUCUUUUUUUGUCAUUUAUCAUCACGGAAACACAAGAUUUUUAUGUUCCAUUUGAUUCUCAAAGGGUCCAUUACUGUGCAUAUUUACAUAUCACAAGCAGCUUGUUUCACUGUCAGUGAUUUGGUUCAUGAUUGCUUCUUGCCUUUAUCUGCAUACAAAGUUGAGCAUGUAUGCGGAUGGUUGUGUGUAUUUGUAAGUCUGCUGCAUUAUCUUGCUCUUUCUCCACUU